CAGCUUUUCGCAGUCGGCAACACACAUCUCCAUCAUGGCCAACCCCCAAGGAUACCCUGCCCAGGGUUAUUCGCAGGAAGAGUACGACCAAUCGCAGUCCGGCACCCCCGUACCCACCUCGCAGCUGCCAGCAAAGAAGAAGAGAGCCUAUGCCGGCCAGGCAUUCGAGUUCGGCACCGGCGCCAAUGCUGGUGGCAUGCCCGCGACCCAGACACCUCCUCCCGCCGCCGCCUAUGGUGCUCCCCAACCUGCUGCCGGUUACGGCUACGGCGCCCCGGUCCAGCAGCCCGCAGGCUACCCUGAUCCCCAGCAACAACAGGCCGCUCCUGGUUACGGCGCUCCCGCCGCUGGCUACCAACCCCCAGAUGCCUACGGUGCUGCCCCCGGAGGUGUUCCCGGAAUGACACAGCAGUUCUCACAGAUGGGCAUGGCACCGCAACAACAGCAACCCGCACAAGCUCCCCAGCAAGCCGCCCCUGUCGCCCAACGUCUGAACCCUCUGCAGCCCGUCGACAUCAGCGUUCAGGGUGCUCCCUUCCAUGUCUCGGAUCUGGAUCUACCUCCUCCUCCGAUCAUUCUUCCUCCCAACUCUAGCGUUACCCCCUCACCCAACGCGAACUGCCCUCCCAAAUACGUUCGCUCGACAUUGAACGCAAUUCCCUCGACGAACUCGCUCCUCAAGAAGUCCAAGCUUCCGUUCGCCCUCGUCAUCCAACCUUACGCUACCCUCCAUGAUGCCGAAGACGAUGUACCUGUUCAGCCCGAUCAGGUUAUUGCAAGAUGUCGCAGAUGCCGUACCUACAUCAACCCCUUCGCUACUUUCCUCGACCACAGCCACCGCUGGCGCUGCAACAUGUGCAACCUGACCAACGAUGUACCUCAGGCCUUUGAUUGGGACAACAUGAAGCAGCAGGCUAUCGACCGCUGGCAGCGUCCCGAGCUCAACUACUCGGUCAUGGAAUUUGUCGCCCCUCAAGAGUACAUGGUUAGAGCCCCUCAACCUUUGGUAUACCUCUUCUUGUUCGACGUUAGUGUCGCCUCGGUUCAGAGUGGUCUUCUGGCAACUGCUGCUCGCUGUGUUGCUGAAUCUCUCGAUCGCAUUCCCAACGCCGACCGCAGAACCCGCCUGGCUUUCAUGGCUGUUGAUUCGAGCUUGCACUACUUCACCAUUCCUCGCGACGACAGCGGCACAUCCGAUUCUAACAUGCUGGUUGUGAGCGAUCUUGACGAGCCUUUCCUACCCACACCCGAUGGUCUCCUGGUCAGCUUGGCCGAUUCGCGCCAAAACAUUGAGACCUUCCUCGGCAAGCUUCAGUCUAUGUUCCAGAACACUCAGAACGGUCUCUCCGCCAUGGGAUCGGCUAUGCGCGCUGGUCACAAGAUGAUCUCUCAUGUUGGCGGAAAGAUGGUUGUCCUGACUGCCUCUUUGCCCAACCACGGCUACGGUAAGCUUGACAUGAGAGAGGACAAGAAGCUCCUCGGAACAAGCAAGGAGAGCUCUCUUCUGCAGACUGCCAACGCCUUCUACAAGAGUUUCGCCGUCGAGUGCUCAAAAACACAAGUCUCGAUCGACAUGUUCCUGUUCUCGUCACAAUACCAAGAUGUUGCCUCUCUCAGCAACCUGCCCAGGUACACCGGAGGUCAGACAUACUUCUACCCUGCUUGGAGUGCAGCUCGUACAGAGGAUGCCAUCAAGUUUGCAACAGAGUUCAGCGAUUAUCUGUCUUCAGAGAUCGGUCUCGAGGCUGUGUUGCGUGUGAGAGCUACCACUGGAUUGCGCCCAAGCACUUUCUACGGCAAUUUCUUCAACCGCAGCUCCGAUCUUUGCGCAUUCCCUGCCUUCCCUCGCGAUCAGGCUUACGUUGUCGAGAUUGCCAUUGAUGAGUCAGUCACAAAGCAGUUCGUCUGCUUGCAGGCCGGUGUGUUGCACACAACAUGCAAUGGCGAGCGUCGUAUUCGUGUCAUGACCCUUUCUAUCCCUACUACACAAAACCUGGCCGACGUUUACUCAAGCGCCGACCAACAAGCUAUUGCUGUCUACUUCAGUCACAAGGCAGUCGAGCGAGCUCUUUCCAGUGGUCUCGACGCCGCCAGAGAUGCUCUCCAGGCCAAAAUCAUCGAGCUUCUUCAAACCUACAAGAAGGAGCUUGCUGGCGGUAACAUGGGCGGCGGUGGUCUCCAAUUCCCCGUCAACCUCAGAGGUUUGCCAACUCUAUUCUUGGGUCUUAUCAAGAACCUUGGUCUUCGCAAAUCAGCCCAGAUUCCCAGCGAUCUCCGAUCUGCAGCCCUGUGUCUACUCUCGACACUUCCUCUGCCUCUCAUGAUUCAGUACAUCUACCCUCGCCUCUACUCAUUGCACGACAUGCCCGAGACUGCAGGUCUCCCCGACCCAACGACUGGCGCCAUUGCCUUGCCCCCUCCACUCAACUUGACCUCAGGCAACAUUGUUCCUUUCGGUCUGUACCUGAUCGAUGAUGGCCAAACACAAUUCUUGUGGCUUGGGCGCGAUGCUGUUCCCGCAUUGGUCAUGGAUGUCUUCGGCACUGACGACAAGAAUGCACUGAAGCAGGGCAAGACUUCAUUGCCUCUUGUCGAGAGCGAGAUGAACGAGCGUGUACGUGCUGUGGUUGAGAAGAGCCGAGACCACCGUGCCAAGGGCUGCGGUAGCAUCGUAGUACCAUCACUAUAUCUUGUGCGUGAGGACGGCGACCCAAGUCUUAGACUGUGGGCUCAAAGUCUUCUCAUCGAAGACCGUGCAGACUUGGCCGUCAGCUCUGCUCAAUUCAUUGGCAUGCUGAGAGAAAAGGUCAUGCAAUAAAUAAUUGAUACCAUCAGGCAGUUGAGUCAACCAGGAAGGAAUGAGCAGCUGUCCGGGCCCUUGACAAACAGUAGAGGUGUCCGCACUUCAGGGAGGAUUGAAAGCAAGAUAGUUGAAAGAACCAAACAAACCACCAAUGUCGCGUGUUGACUUUUUAGACGAAAGGAAAGGACAAAAAAGCGCUUCCCCAAAAAAUUAUUCAUAUUUUUCCAUUCUGUUCCAUUGCCCUGAUGCAGGUACUGCUCUCUUUUCGACGAAUCCAGGCGAAUCUACAAGUUUAGGGAGCAGCAGCUUUUGCAGGAACGAGCUGAAUAGGAAGAUCCGAGUGUGGGUCGGGAUGAGAAGCUGAUAUAACGGAGCUGAGUGACAUAACAAGUGUACAUGAUGAACAACAGGGCAAACAGCGCCAGAUGCGAGAAAAUAGGCUUUCAACGCGAUUGUGGAGUAGUGAUCGGAAAAUAGCAGCAAGGUACGAGUGGCAGAAACCUUUACGCC